AUGGAUCUCGUCAGCAGACCUAUAGCUGUGCUCUUGGCUGGCAUUGUCAUAAUAUCAACCCUUCGCAUCGCUCUCCGUUCCUUGCUCUCACCGUUGAAGUACUUACCCGGACCCUGGUACUCUCAUUUCACCCACUAUGUCCUCAAGUACCAUGUUGUCAUGGGGAGAAGAAUCUUCUACGUCGACGACCUACAUCGCAAGUAUGGCGACAUCGUGCGACUCAGCCCUGGCGAAGUCUCAGUCGUAUCCGUCGAUGGCCACAGAAAGAUCUACUCUGUCAGUUCCCGCUGUACCAAGCACGAGUGGUAUCUGAAGUUCGGCGGACACCCCUACCCAGGUUUGUUUACCAUGACAGAUCAUUCAGAGCAUGCGCAACGUCGAAAGAUGUUCGCCAGGGCCUUCAGCAAGUCUCAGCUCAGAGUCCAAUGGGAAGACACCAUCAGAGCGAUCGCAAAGAAGGCCGUGCGCAGGAUCGCGGAUGAUCUGAAGGAGAAUGGGAAGGCCGAUGUGCUCAAAUGGUGGACGUUCAUGACAUCAGAUAUUUCGGGGGAAUUGAUGUUCGGCGAGUCUUGGGACAUGCUCGGAAAGGGACAGAAAAAUGAGUUCAUUCGGUCAGUGGCAAUCUACAUUCAGAGUUCUGGCUUGACGGCAGAACUGCCACUGAUCAAGACUGUGGGUCGUUUGAUCCCGCACCCGUGGUGUCGAACGGCGUUCCGAGGAUGGGAUUACGUGCUCAACUACGCCACCCGCGCCGUAGAGAACAGCAAAAAGCGAACGCAGAUGGGGGAGCGAAACAUAUUUGGUACUAUUUUGGCUGGCGCCGAAAAGGGAGAGAUCCUGACCGAGUUCGACAUCAAGAACGAGGCCGGAAACUUUACGGUCGCUGCAACCGACACAACAGCUGUGACCCUGUCUUAUCUCAUAUAUGCCGUCUUGUCCCGUCCGAAACUUCAAGCGGAAAUUGAGGCGGAAGUAUCAACUUUGCCAGACAACUUUACAGAUGCGGACGUGGAGACAUUGCCUUUGCUGAAUGCUACGAUCAGCGAGACGAAUCGUCUUUUCGCUGCGGCGCAGGGCGCUUUCCCAAGGAGAGCACCCUCUGGCGGCUUGAACUUGGAAGGAUACAUGAUCCCCGAGAAGACAACCGUCAGCGCCCAAAGCUACACAAUGCAUAGAAAGGAGGGCUUGUUCCCGAACGCGUUGGAAUUCAAUCCGGAGAGAUGGUUCGCAGAGUCAAACAUGUCCAGCGACGCCAAAGCCGUCGUCUCGCCGUUUGGGUCUGGAUCUCGCAUCUGUAUCGGCAUUCACGUGGCGUACAUGGAGAUACGACUGGCUGCGGCUGUCGCACCAAGCCCAAGUCAGGUCCUCGGUGGCUUCACUGAUGGGCAGUUUCCCGAGGCUGGGCCCAUGCACUUUGGCGAAGCGUUCAACUUCGACACCACGCAAUCCGAAUUUGAGGCCAUGUUCCGUAGUCCGCGGCCGCCUGACUCGCCGGCCGUCUCUGCUCUUGAGACAGAAUCACUCAACAUGAGCAUGGCGUCUGUGCCGAAUACUGGCUAUCCCGCAGGUGCAAAUCCGCAGUUCAUGGGUCUCAGCAGCGACAUGGACCCUCUCCUGGUCCGCCACUACCGAUUCAACGAUAUGGGCAUGUAUGGAUUCAAAGAACUGGCCAUCCAUUCAGUACAGGAAAGCCCAAUUCCUUGUCAGUUCUUAAUCUCACAACAGUCUCUGUUCUCUAGAAGGCGAGAGGAGGCUGGCCUCAGCAAAGGCCAGGAGGACUCUCUGAGAGAGGAGUUACACAAGGUUAUGCCUUUGGAUGUUGGACGACGCCUAGUUCGGCUAUUCUACCAGUUCAUCUAUCCGAAAUGGCCAAUAUUCUCAGCAUCCCACCCCUUAGACCCCGAAUCAGAGCCUUUGUGUCUCGUGGCCGCGACAUAUGCCAUCUCACUACCUUUCGCUGUCCACGACGACAAGCUCAGUGUCGAUGUAGCUUACGACAGGCCUCCAUAUGCCGAACUCUCUCAGAUUAUUGAGAAGAGCCUGGCGUACGAAAUGCACUCACCAACGCUCGCCAUCGUGCAAGCGCUACUGUUGCUAGUCCUCCGGCCAUCGUCUGAUCCAAUGGUCGCGGAUGCAGCUUCCAGGUGGGACCUACUGGGAAGGCUGGCAUCUUGUGCUACUACUUUGGGUCUUCAUCUUGACCCUUCAAGAUGGUCCAUGGCAUCAUGGCAAAUAUCACAUCGUCGUAGGCUAUCUUUCAUCGUCUAUGCGACUGAUAAGUGGUUAGCUUGCAGCCUUGGUCGGCCACCGAUGAUUCACGAGGACGAUUGGCUUGUCACGACCUUGGGUUACGAUGACUUUUCUGAUUCUAGCCUCGACGCCCCUGCACAAAACCACCUGAUGAACUUCUCAGCUAUCACACGAACGCUUGCAUUAACGUUGUCGAAGCUUUAG